AUGGACAACUGUCCUCUGCAGGUGCUGACUGUCCCUACAGCCCCCUACCCUGACCAGAGACCAGGCUCCAGCGGCCUGAGGAAGAAGGUCUAUGUAUUCCAGUCCAGGAGACACUACUUACACAACUUCAUCCAGAGCAUAUUUUCCUCCAUUGACCUGCGUGACCGUCAAGGGUCAACCAUGGUGGUGGGGGGAGAUGGACGCUUCUUCAACCAAACAGCUAUUGAGGUCAUUGUGCAGAUGGCAGCCGCCAAUGGGGUGGGCCGUCUGAUCAUUGGACAGCAUGGGAUCAUGUCCACGCCAGCGGUUUCCUGUGUAAUCCGGAAAUACAAAGCCAUUGGCGGCAUUAUUCUCACAGCAAGCCAUAACCCUGGUGGACCUGAUGGGGACUUUGGCAUUAAGUUCAAUACUGCAAAUGGAGGACCAGCCCAGGAGGCUGUCACAAACAAGAUUUUUCAGAUCAGCAGAACCAUUGAGGAGUUUGCCAUCUGCCCUGCACUCCGGGUGAACCUGGCAUCCCUGGGAAAGCAGAUGUUUGAUUUGGAGAACAAGUUCAAACCCUUCACAGUGGAGAUUGUGGACUCAGUGGAAUCUUACGCCAAUCUGCUGAGGAACAUCUUUGACUUUGCUGCACUGAAGGAGUUGCUGUCUGGAGAGAAUCACAUCAAAAUAAGACUAGAUGGCAUGCAUGGAGUGGUAGGUCCAUAUGUGAGGAGGAUAUUCUGUGAGGAGCUGGGCUCCCCUGCUAAUUCUGCUAUCAGCUGUGUCCCCAUGGAGGACUUUGGAGGUCAACACCCAGACCCGAACCUCACCUACGCUGCAGAUCUGGUUGAUGCCAUGCGGGAUGGACAGUAUGAUUUUGGUGCAGCAUUUGAUGGUGAUGGGGAUCGUAACAUGAUCCUGGGUAAGCACGGCUUCUUCGUCACCCCAUCUGACUCGGUGGCUGUGAUCGCUGAUAACAUCUUCUGCAUCCCUUACUUCCAGCAAACGGGGGUGAGAGGCUUCGCCCGCAGCAUGCCCACCAGCGCAGCCUUAGACAAAGUAGCCAAAGCAACAAAAAUAGAGCUAUAUGAAACUCCCACUGGGUGGAAGUACUUUGGAAACCUAAUGGACGCAGGCCGCCUGUCUUUGUGUGGAGAGGAAAGCUUUGGUACAGGUGGAGAUCAUAUUCGCGAGAAGGAUGGGAUUUGGGCUGUGCUGGCAUGGCUGUCCAUCCUGGCUACCAGGAGGCAAAGUGUGGAGGAUAUUGUAAAGGACCACUGGCUAAAAUACGGGAGAAACUACUUCACCAGAUAUGACUAUGAGGAUGUAGACCUAGAUGUAGCCUGUGAGAUGAUGGAAGACUUGGAGAUCUUGAUGGUGGACAAGUCCUUCGUGGGACAGAGGUUUGCUGUGGGAGACAAAAUCUACCAAGUGGAAAAAGCAGACAACUUUGAGUACACAGACCCAAUACACAGUACCAUCUCAAGGAACCAGGGCCUGCGGAUAAUCUUCUCUGAUGGCUCUCGCAUCAUCUACAGGCUCAGUGGGACAGGAAGUGGCGGCGCAACGGUUCGAAUUUACAUAGACAGCUAUGAGAAAGAGCACAUUUUCCAAGACACACAGGUGAUGCUGGGACCCCUGGCAACUAUCUCUCUGAAAAUAUCCCAGCUCCAUAACAGAACAGGUAGAAGUGGCCCGUCAGUCAUCACAUGAUUUUUCCUAUAUGUUAUACCAUGAUCGCAAAUGUAAUGUCCCCUCUUCCUCAUGAAAUGGCACGCAUAUGCAGAUUUUUGUAUAAACUGAGAUUCAGUUGAGAAUCUAUAAAUAUUCACAACCUGCUAUACAAUAGUUGCAUUUUAGCUCAAAUAUAUUCAGUGUCUGUCAGUGAAUCACAAUA